AUGACCAGUGCCUUCAACCCCAACGACCUCAACCCCCAUGACGCCCGAAACCCCAAUGACCAGUACCUUCAACCCCAACGACCAAUGCCCAUGAUGCCUUCAUCCCCUACCCAUGACAGGUGCGGGCAGCCCAGGAUCUCAGUCCGAGUUGUCGGGGGUGGGGACGCCCCAAGGGGCCGGUGGCCGUGGCAGGUCAGCCUCCAGUACAAUGGACACCACCACUGCGGGGGGUCCCUCGUCUCGGCCCAGUGGGUCGUGUCGGCAGCGCAUUGCUUCGACUUAGGUGGCUGCAUCUCGGAAUGGGAGGAGCCACCUCCGUGCAGCCCUGUGUGUGGUUUUCCCCAAGCCAGCCCACCCCAGAAGUGGCUGCCUCUGACUGUCUGGGGUUUCCCUCAAUGUGGCCCGGAUCCCGCUGCAUUUUUGCCCAUGCUGGCAGCCAAUUCCCCACUGAUCACGGCGUUCUCUCUGCCCCCCAGCCUCUUCCCUCAGUUUGGCUACCGUGUAGUCCUGGGGCAGCACCAGCUCUCCUUCCCCUCCCCGAGCCGCGUGGCAUCCCCUGUGCGCCAGAUCAUCCCCCACCCCAACUACAACAGGGGGACCCGUGUGGCCGACAUCGCCCUGGUGCAGCUGGAGGCAGCGGUGGGAUACACCGACGAAAUCCGCCCAAUCUGCUUGCCCGACCUCUCCGAUACCAUCCCUGAGAACCACACGUGCUGGGUCACAGGCUGGGGGGCCACAGCCAUGGCGGGGCCACUGGCCUGUGACCACAAUGGGACCUGGCUGCUGAUGGGGGCCGUGAGUUGGGGGGAUGGCUGUGGCCGGCCCAACCGGCCCAGUGUCUACAUCCGGACGGUGACCUACAGAGAAUGGAUAUGGGGGGAG